AGUUGGUGCCAUUUAGGUUAGGUUAGCAUAACCUCACAAAAUUCACGUUUUUAAUUUUUCUUAUCACAAGACCGGAAUUCUCGCACAAAUCAAAAAUGGUCGAGCAGCAGAGACAGAGAAUUGAGCAAGAAAUGACCAAAAUGGUCAACGAGCUCGAUUUGGAGUAUUUGCGCAAAAUGCAGGCCGACAUGCAUCGCUGCGCUGCGAAAUGCUGCGACAACCGGGAAAUCUCACUCGAAAGUGUUCAAAAAUGCGUCGAAAACUGCGCCUCGUCCGUGAACUAUGCCCAGAAUUACGUCCAAAGAGAGCUAGAACAGCUCCAAAAUAAGCUACAAAGGUGCGUUAUGGACUGUAACGACGACAUUCGGGUGAAAAUGGGGCCUAAUCCUUCGGAAGCUGAAGUUAGUAAAUAUACAGCGCUGUUUGAAACGUGUGCCAAAAACUGUGUUGAUAAACAAAUUGCAUACAUGCCCUCGCUUUUAAAACGAAUGAAAUCUGAACUAGGAAAAAAUAAGUGAGGUCGAGCAAACUAUAUAUAGUGGUUGUUGUUUUUAGUUACACUUGAAUAAUAAAACAUGUUAAAAAAAUUAA